GCAGGUUACCUGAUAUAAAAGGACUCAGUACCCUUAUUUUGUGAUUUCACAGUAACCUUGUGUUGAUUAACUGACAGACAAAUAUAUCUCUGCACAACAUUGCAAGAAGAAUGACUUAUUUUAAUGUCCUUGCUCUAUUAUCAGCACUGCUCAUUCUUUCUGAUGCUGCACCGUUGGUAAGUAUAUCUAUGACAAAAAUUAAAUAAUUAAAUUUAAAAAAAAUGAAAACUUUCUUUAGUUGGUUAGAUUCAAAUAAAAUGUUAAAGAUAACAUACAAUACAAAAAAAGUAUCUUAAGUCUAACCAUAGAGUAUAAAAUGUUUUAGAAUAGAAAGUAUAUUUAGCACAUAAUGUAAACACAUUUUAUCGUUUGUGGGCUCAUACUAGGCUAAUCCCAUUUUUGUAUUUUUACAACAGUUUAUAAUUUAUUAGAUUUUUCGUUUUAAAUAUGAAAUUUAUCUCGAAAUUAUUCUGCCUCAUUAUUUUUACUUUAGUUUGACAAAAGUGAGAGGAAAUUAGAUUCCAAAAUUGAAGCGAAAGAACCAAAAUUAUUCAACUUUGAGGUUUAUUACAAUUUCACUAGUUCAAGCUAAAUUGUGUGCCAUUUACAAAUAUGAUUGUAUCAGCGAUUGGUCAUGAAUUCACAUAUAGAAUUCGUAAAAAGCUAAAUAUCAACAUAAACAGAAUACUUACCAUUAUAAAUAAAACUUUAUUUAACAGUUCUAUUUGAAGCUAUGCAUAAAAAUUUUAAUUAUUAAAACAUACAAGGCAAAAAAGCAAAACAGUAGAAAAUCUGCAAGUGUGUGCGAUAUGAAUGCUUUAAUGAUAAAUACUUUCAGUAAAUGUGUCAGAUAAAGAUUAUAACACAUACAGGGUUAUUCAAUAAAGUGAGAAUUGUUGGGAACUUUAAAUUUAAGAUCAAACUUGCAAAACUGAAAACAUAAUUAACUUGAAUGAUUGAUCUAUUUUGGCCUAAAUUUUGAAAUCCACUUUGAGGAUUAUUUACUAAACUGAGAAUUCACAUUUUUUUUUCAAAAUCAAGGUUAACCCCUUAAGGACACAUGACACGUGUGACAUGUCAUGAUUCCCUUUUAUUUCAGAAGUUUGGUCCUUAAGGGGUUAAAAUAUAACAUUAUCUAUGUUAGCCAUGCUUUCAGUUCGGCUACUCUGGCCUUAAAUGUAAAAUUUGCUCAAAAUUCCCAUCAAUUCUCACUUCUGUUAAUAACCUCGUUAAUCUCCAACUUUCUAUUUUUUAAUUCUUUAUUUAAGCUCAGACUUACUAACAGAAGUCAGUUUACCAUCUGAAAGGAGACACUGUCCAAGAACUAGAUUUUAAAUUUUUCAACAUUCCAUCCUCCAGAUAUUUUUUCUACUGAGGUCAGAUAAGCGUAAUCAAAUAUAAACACUUAUGUUGCAAAAGUAUGAAAUAUCUCUCACAUAUUUUAUGCUGAUUAAUCAUUAACUAUCAUAAAAAUAUCUUUAAAAAUUUAGACUGAAAUAUUGGAUGGAAAAAGAAUCUCCAGGUCAGUUGAAAUAAGAUAUUUUUCCCCAGCAGUGGUAUUUUAGCCAUGUGUUUUCUAACCAUAAUAACAUUCUGUUUAAUUAUUUAAUUAUGAGUAUUAUGUGCAUAACAACCUAUCAGUAUCAUUCUCUAAACUGUGAAUUGUCAGGAAUUAAAAUUUGAUUUCACAUUUUUUACGGCUAGACAGAAUGUUUGUAGUUAACUAUUUUGAACUAAAGUUUUAGUAACACACAUUUUUGUGAAUAAAUUGAAUGUGAUUUAUCUGUAUACAUUAGAAUGGCUGUAUUUCAUAUAUUGCAGCUGAUCAUAUAUCCGUUACUCAUUUUUUUUAUGAUUUACAGCUAUACCUGUUGUUCGUGCACAGGUGUAAAAGGUCUAAAAAGAGCGAUUCAGCUUAAAGUUAUCAAUAUGAUCUAGUUUAAAUACAUAGCCAAUGACGUUAAUGCUUGGCUAUGUCUGUAUGCAGUCAGUCUAUAUGUGUAUUUGCACAAAAUUCCCAAACAAUUAUUUUAUUGGUCGUUUGAUUUACCUUAGAAUUUAUGUAUAUCACUUAGAUUCCACAACUGAUGAUAUUAUGCAAUACUAUUUAUCCAGAUGUAAUUUGUAUGGUUUGUAAACAAAGCAGCCAAAACACUGAUCCACAAAAAGCUACUAAAUUGUUUGAAUCUCCCCAAUAAUCCCCUAAAGGUACACUCUAGACAACAUAGCCACUUCAUCUCAUUGAUCUCUAUUGGUUGACACUGAAUAAUGGUUGCUGUGUGCCUGUGGCUCUGUCCUACACUGGAGGUAUGACCAAUACCAAUUCAUACCAGAGAUGGUCAGCAGUGAUUGGCUGAGAGCCAGUUUGUCACUGCCACCCAUGUCUGCUCUGGUUGAUGCAGAAGCAUUAACCAGAGUAUCAAACAGAAAAUGGUUCUAAAAAUUGUUUAACAAUGAAAAGUGGGAACUCCACUGAUAACUCCAUAACAAAUUUAGUAAGAAUGCUUUUUAGAAUAUGUAUCCCUUUGUACAUUUUCUGAUACUCAUCAUACAUGGCAAGUUUAAGAUGAUCUGACCAACAUUGAGUACUUUUUGAAAAGUGAUACUAAGGCAGCUUAGACAAGAAAUAGUGGAUGGAUUUUGGCUACAGAUGGCAGUGGGAAUAUCAUCAAAGUAAUCACAAAUUAAAAUGCUUUCGUAUAGAUUUUCAAUUUGCUUUACAUCUAUAUUCAUGGCUAGUGAACUCUAAAUUUUCUUCCAUUAAAGGCACAUGAUACUCAUGGGGCUGCAGAUUCCAAGUGUCCUCUGAUGGUGAAAGUUUUGGAUGCAGUGAGGGGAACCCCAGCUGCCAACAUAGGUAUAAAGGUUUCUAAACUUGACAAGGAUGGAAUAUGGCAACAAUUUGUCUCAGGGUAAGCAGACUUUUUUUUAUUUUACUUUGUUGUUUUUUUAUUCCUUACUUAGGACAGGUACCAAAAAAGUACUGAAUCACAUGUAUAUAACAAUUACAUAAAAGUACCAAUUUUACAAUAAUGUAACAGUACAAAAAAAAAAAUCAUAACAUUGAAGUUACAACAGUUGUGGACAUGUUUGAGUGAACAUAGUCAACUGGACAAGAAGACAAGACAAUAGUCCACUAUAGGCGGAGCAACACAUUGGUUUUCCUGUCCUCUGAUAUGGUGUUUAGGAAGCCAUAUGUCCAAGAAAUGCCCCAGUCUUUAAACAUAACAUAAGGCUAUAUAGUCACUUUAAGCUUCUCCUGGGAUGUCAGAAAAGGCAAUAUCGGUUGAGGCAGUGAGCUGCUAAUGCCCUUCAUAACCUCUAAAGUAAAAAAGUAGACAAUAUGAAAUUAAACUCCUUGGAACAACAAAUAAAAAACAGACCCAGUUAUUUAAAUAUGUGCAAGAUAAGGGGAAAAAAAGGGACCUACUGUGGGACCACCGGCCUGCACUCCACUCUCCCGAUCUCCCUAUCCCUCCAACUUCAACCAUAGAACCCACAGCCUUUCACAAUAUUACAUGGAGUUAUGUACUAUGGCUGUAAGCUUAUCCCUGAGAUAGUUCUUUUUUAUCCUGUGUUUGUCAGAGUAAGUUAUUGAAAUAUUUCCUAUAUCAAACCAAGACCUUAGAUCUCCAUUGUUUACAUUUAAUGUUCAUUAGAUCUAUUGUUAGUUUAUACAUGAGUAUAACAUUUUAUUGUUAGAGUCUCCAUCACAAUUUUACGAAUUAAAAAAACAAGACAAAGGCUAAAAUGUGAUUCUUAUUUUAUUUUACAUAUCUUUUGAUUCUGACACAGUUAACAUUUUAAAAAGGAAGCUGACACAUGGACAGUAUAUUUUUGUUAUAAUUACUGAAAUGGAUACUCCCAAGGUACCACCGGGCCUGAGGUUGGCCAAUCCUCACCAUGUAAUUUGCAGGAAAGUAAUGAUGGUCCAGGCACUCAAGGUAAAUCCAGUAAGCUUCAAUAAAUCUGCUCACUGGAUUUACCUUGAGUGCCUGGCCCAUCAUUACUUUUCUGCAAAGUAUAUUUUUGUUGUCACACUUAACAAAAUACCUUGAAAGUCCAGAAAUAAUUUUGUUCCGGCGUGACAUCACUAUUAAGAGUUAAUAUUAAUAUUGUAUAAAAUAACAAAUCAAUCUAAUUCAAGUAAUCAAUUAUUAAAAUAAAUCAUAUACGUUAUUAUUUUUUUUUAAAUGCACAUCUUUCAGUAAACCAUUUUGGAUUGUUGUGUAUAUCUUAGAAAGACCUCUGAACAAGGAGAAAUCCACAAUCUGACUGAUGAUGAACAUUUUAUUGAAGGAAUAUACAAGGUGGAAUUUGCAACAAAAACUUACUGGGGCAAAGCAGGCAUUUCACCGUUUCACGAAUAUGUUGAUGUAAGUGUACAUUAUUUAAUAAUUAGAUAGACUUCAUAGACUACAAUCUGCUAGUUCAAGUUUUGUAUUUUGAAUUCCUAAAAUCACUUUUAAAUUUUUCCCAAAUAAAUGUAAUAUAAGAAGUAUAAUUGAAUAGAGAGAGUAAAGGUGUAAAAAAAAAAAGAAACAAAUUAGCAAGUGUCACACAAAAAUAACCAUUACAAUGGAAAAAGUGAAACUUCAUGGAUCGUUCUGUAUACAUACAGUUAAAAGGAACACUCCACUGCCAGGAAAACAAACCGUUUUCCUGGCACUGCAGGUACCCUCUCCCUCCCACCACCCAUCCCAUGUUGCUGAAGGGGUGAUGUCCCUCGGCAGUGGUUUCGGGUCCGCCCACGCUCCUCCCCCCGUCGACCUCAUCCGGUGGGGGAGGCCGAUCGAGCAUGCGCGGCCACCGGCGGGGGAGACCUAAUGCGUAUGCGCAGCAGACCUCUCCUUAGGAAAGCAUUGAAUAUGCUUUCAAUGCUUUCCUAUGGGGAUUUUAGCGACACUGGAGCUUCUCACAUAGCGUGAGGACGUCCAGCGACGCUCUAGCACAGAAAACCUGUGCUAGAAACCAGGAAGUGCCCUCUAGUGGCUGUCUAGUAGACAGCCACUAGAGGAGGAGAUAACCCUGCAAUGUAAUUAUUUCAGUUUAUGAAAACUGCAAUAUUUACAGCUGCAGGGUUAAGGGUAGUGGGAGUUGGCACCCAGACCACUCCAAUGGGCAGAAGUGGUCUGGGUGCCUGGAGUGUCCUUUUAAGGAGCUGAGCUUGUACCAAAAUGUACAGCAAAUAGAGUGUUAGAAUGCUAAAGAAAGUCGAAUAGAAAAGGGUUAUUGGAGGAAGAGGGAAAGAAAAAGAGGGAGGGAGAGAGAGAGAGCGAGAAAGAAAGAACUAGAAUGAGAUAGAAAGAAAGAGUGAGAAAGAAAGAAGGAACGAAUGAAUGAAAAUAAAAAGGAGAGAAAAGAAAAUAAUAGAUAGUAGAAUCACAUUUGGGUGUAAUUGGUAAGAGAUUGCCUGGAAAGCAGUCAUCACACCCUCGCCUAAAAGCCUGAUAUUUUAUAACACUUUAAUCCAGGUCCCCAAUAUGUGCACUGCAAUUUCUAAUUUCUAACAGUAGAAAAAGGGAUUCAACAGCACUUAGAUGUUGAGUGGAACUUUUACAUGUACUUGUGUUCUGUUGUGUUUUGUCUACAUCCAGUUAUCACUAGAGUUAAAAUGUGUGUUUUGUAUCUGAUAUCUCAAAUUAGCAUGUUUAAGUUAUGUUUUGAUAAAGGGUAAGUAACCUUUGCACUUCAGAGCAAUUUAAAUGCAGGUUCCUGAAACUUGGAUGUCUCAGGUUUCUGUUUUUAAGGAGAGAGUUGCUCUUACAUGAUUAUUUUGAUAUACACCAGUGAAUUCAAGUUUCCAAGAAAUGUACAAAGAAUGUGAGAGAAAGAGGGAGAGAGAGAGGGAGGGAGAGAAAUGUACUUUAAAAGCUGUCAUAACACAUUCAGAGUUAUACACUAAAGUGAGAAUUGUUGGGAAUUCAAAGUUAAUGUAAAGUGAAUUUACAUUUUAAGACCAAUAUAGCCAAAUGGACACAUAGAUGUCUUGGUAAUUUCUCCAACUGGGCUAAUUUGGUCUUGAAAAUUAAAUUAAUUUCAAAUUUACUUUGAAAUGCCUACAAUUCUCACUUUAGUGGAUAACCCUGAUUAUAUGUAAACAAUGUGAGGGUAGCUAAUUAGGUGGGUUACAUUGUUAGAUACCAAAAUGUAUACACUCAAAUCCAGGGCCGGACUGGCCUACCGGGAUACCGGGAAAUUUCCCGGUGGGCCGUCGGCACCUGGGGCUGGGCAGAUACCUGGGUCUUCUGGCGGCCGCUGGGGGAGCUGCGCUGGCUCUGCUCCCCAGCACGCAGCUGAAUGAGACCGGCGCCGGAAUUUGACGUCAUAUUCCGGCGCCGGUCUCAUUCAGCAGCGGCGAGGGCGGGAGAGCAGAGCCAGCGCAGCUCCCCCAGCGGCCGCCAGGACAAGUCCCCCAGCGGCCGCCAGAAGACCUCCCCAGCGGCCCACAGAAGACCUCCCCCUGGCAGGUAUUAGUAAUCUGUCUGUCUGUGUUAUCAUGUCUGUCUGUCUGUAUGGUGUGUGUGUGUGUGUGUCUGUCUGUGUUAUCAUGUCUGUCUGUCUGUAUGGUGUGUGUGUGUGUCUGUCUGUGUUAUCAUGUCUGUCUGUAUGUAUGAUGUGUGUCUGUCUGUGUCAUGGUGUCUGUCUGUCUGUAUGGUGUGUGUGUGUGUCUGUCUGUCUAUCAUGGUGUGUGUCUGUCCAUCAUGGGGUGUGUGUGUGUGUCUGUCUGUCAUGGUGUGUGUGUGUCUGUCCGUCAUGGGGUGUGUGUGUGUGUCUGUCCAUCAUGGGGUGUGUGUGUGUCUGUCUGUCCGUCAUGGAGUGUGUGUGUGUGUCUGUCUGUCUGUCCAUCACGGGGUGUGUGUCUGUCUGUCUGUCUGUCUGUCCGUCACGGGGUGUGUGUGUGUCUGUCUGUCAUUCAUGGGGGGGUGUGUGUGUCUGUCUGUCUGUCAUGGUGUGUCUGUCUGUCCGUCAUGGUGUGUGUCUGUCUGUGUCAUGGUGUGUGUGUGUGUCUGUCAUGGGGUGUGUAUCUGUCAUGGUAUAUGUGUGUUUCUGUGUCUGUCAUGGUGUAAAUGAGUGUUUAAAAAUAGUGUUUUUGCUCACCUUUUUUUUUCCCCACGCAGCGUGCUGGUCUCCCCUCGACUGGCCCUGCCUCUAUAGCUGAGCUCAUCAAGCUUGAUGAUCUCAGCCAAUCCAAUGCUUUGCCAUAGGAUUGGCUGCAAAACGCCACUCCAAUCAGCAUCUCCUCAUAGAGAUGCAUUGAAUCAAUGUAUCUCUAUGGGGAACGUUCAGCACCUACAGAGUGUGGAGGCCCUGAAUGUAGGUGCACUAACACAGGAAGCACCUCUAGUGACCGUUUGAGUGACUGUCACUAGCAGUGUCACUUUGAAGCAAUGUAAACACUGCCUUUUCUCUGAAAAGUCAGUGUUUACGUUGAAAAGCCUGUAGGGACAUGCUAUAGACACCAGUACCACCACAUUAAGCUGUGUGUGCGUCUGCUAGUGAGUGAGCUUGCUUGCAUGCGUGUGCCUGCUAGUGAGUGAGCUUGUGUUUUUAUGUCAAUGAGCUGAUGUAUAUCAGUAAGAUUGUUUGUCUAUGAGGCUGUGUAUCAAUGAGCUUGUGUGUGUCACUGAAAUGUCAGUGAAAUUGCCUGUGUCUGCAUGUGCGUAUGCUUACUGUAUAAUUAAACGUUUUACCCUGAAAGGACCAAUAUUUUAUAUUAGAAAAAGCUAUAUAUAUAUAUAUAUAUAUAUAUAUAUAUAUAUAUAUAUUACUCAAUCAUCUGUCCUGGCAAGACAUAGCCUUACAUAUUACACGCGACAAUAUAUGGCGCAGUGACUUAUGGGGCUGGCACAAAAUUUUUUUCCAGGGCUGCUUUGUAUCCCCAGUCCGGCCCUGCUCAAAUCAAUACAGAUGUGAAAUAAAUUUGUCAAUGAGGCACUUUAACAUUGAUAAGCAUGCCUACUUCCUGUGGAGGUAAAAAUGUUUUCUUGGCACCAAGCAAAAAAUAACACAGGGUGAGGCAAUAAUAAUGUCAGACCAGUAAGUCCUUAAAGGAACACUAUAGUGUUAGGAAUACAAAGCUGUAUUCCUAACACGAUAGUGUCCCUCUCCCUCCCCUCCCUCUCCCCCUCCCCCGCAUUCCCUCAUGACACUCAAAGGGAUAAAAACCCUUUAAACACUUACCCGAUUCCAGUGCAGAAGUUCUUUAGUUCCUUCUCUGCCUUCUCCAAACUCAUCGUGGUAGGAACCUAGUGUGCAUGCUUGUUGAGUGCCAUGCAUGCAUUAGGCCUUCCCCAUAAAAAGCGUUAAAUCAAUGUUUUCCUAUGUGGGGAUUUGAAAAUGCUGGACAUCCUCAUGCUCAGCAUGACAACGUCCAGCAUUGUUACACAGAGCAGGAAGAACCUCUCAAGGCAGUCUGAACCCUGCAAUGAAAGCAUUGCAGUUUCUGUGAACUGUUUUACAUUGCAGGGUUAAGGGGACAGUGACGCUGCACCCAGACCACUUCAAUGAGAUGAAGUGAUCUGUGUGCCUAUAGUGUUCUUUCAAUCAUAGGAAUAUCUUACAAACACAGUACAAGAUUUGAAUUUGAAUUAUGUUUUCCUAUGGGGAGAUCCUAAUGCGAGCAUGGGCAGAGAUGAGCAAGCACCGAGGGACAUCGGUGCUGGACCCGGGUAAGUGACUGAAAGGGGACCUUGACAGAGGGGGAAGCUAUAGUGCCAGGAAAAUGAGUUUGUUUUCCUGGCACUAUAGUGUCCCUUUAAAUACCCUGCUGCCAUUGAUAGCAGCAAUAACAAAAAAAAACAAAAAAACAAAAACAACCGUUUUAUAAUACAUCUGUAACAAUACACAACAACUAUUGUAAAAAAUAUGUAACACAUUUCCCUGAAACUAGAUAUCAGUGUCACUUUGGCAGCUGUACCAGCAGCAUCAUACCACAUACUCAGCCAGCUUACUUUAUAGUAGGUCAAGAAUAAACUUAGGUAACAUACAAAUGUCAAACUAAAAUCAAGUAGGCAGGAGUUUUGAAAAAAAAUUGUAAAUAAAUUGUUUAUUUGUCUGUUUUGUUUGUCUGUUGUUUAUUUAUUUAUUUAUUUGCAUUACAGGUUGUGUUUACAGCCAAUGAUGCUGGGAAACGUCAUUACACCAUUGCUGUACUUCUGACUCCUUACUCAUUUUCAACCACUGCAAUUGUCAGUGAACCACAUGAUUAAAAUGCACGUCACUGAAUUUGUGUUCUCUUUGGUACAUGUAGAUUAUUUCAGACAUAAGAUCUUUUUUUUUCUCAAUUGUAACUAACAUUAUUUUUUUUUUAUCUUAGCAAAACUCUGUAUUUUAGGUUAUGUUAACCACAGUUUAAUAAAUAUAUCUACAAUGA